AUGUCUUCUCAACCUCUUCUUCAAACCGCCCCAGGCAAGCGAAUUGCUCUCCCAACUCGUGUCGAGCCCAAAGUUUUCUUUGCCAACGAGAGAACUUUUCUAUCAUGGCUCAAUUUCACCGUCAUCCUAGGUGGCUUAGCAGUUGGUCUGUUGAACUUCGGCGACAAAGUUGGUAGGAUAUCUGCUGGCCUCUUUACUCUUGUGGCUAUGGCAGCCAUGGUAUACGCCUUAUUCACCUUUCACUGGCGAGCAAAGAGCAUUCGUCAAAGGGGUCAAGGUGGCUUUGAUGACCGGAUCGGCCCUACAGUCUUGGCACUUGCUCUGUUAGCUGCUGUCGUUGUGAACUUUGUGCUGAGAAUCGUCGAGGGCGAUCGAGCAUAA